AUGUUGGAUAUUGCUAAUGGUAUCAAUGGGCAGAGCAAUAUGGUGGAUCAGGGCGGUUGGCUUGAUGAAGUACUCUGGAUCGUCAACACAGACGAUGCGGGAGACCUCCAAUAUCUUCAGACGAUUCUCUCGAGUAACCCCAACAGAUACAAGGCCAUCAACUUCACCGCCAAUAAUCUACAAACGUACAGUUACUACAAAGCCUGGCAACAUAUCGAGCGCGGAAAGUAUUACGUCAAGAUCGAUGACGACAUUGUAUGGAUUGAGGACGAAGCAAUCCCACAGCUAGUCACCAGGAAAAUAACCCAUCCGGAUGAGUUUGUAGUCUCCGCAAAUGUUAUUAACAAUCCUCCCCUUGGCUUCCUUCACUACCACUUUGGCGCUCUGCAUCCUUAUUUUCCCGAGGUUGAACACCCGCGUCAUAAGACAGAAUCGUGGCGGCCUUCCAUGCAGCCAUUCUGGGUCGGUCCAGAGGACUUUACCUGGCCACUAGAUAGAGAUCCUCCCCAUCCAAGUCAUCGAUGGUUGAGGGUGGAGGAUGACUCUGCAUUGCCGCAGACCCCAGCGGGACAGCUCAAGUACGAAAUAUGGGGAGAAAGUUAUAACAGCUGGGCAAUUGCCGCUCAAAUGCACUACUCCCUCCUCGAAAACAUCGAAAGGGGUGCUUUGGACCUGUACAAGUUCCGCCAACCUUGGUAUAUGGACGGCAGGCGGAUACGCAUCAAUUUCAUAUGCAUAUAUGCCGAUGAUAUACUGGAUACAGAUAUCUCUUCCUGGCCACCGGACAGAGGUGACGAAGAUAUGAUUGUCAUAGAUCUACCGAAACGGUUGCGUCGUCGUGAGUACAUCUUUCUUCGCUGGAAUGCCAGUACUGACAGUACAUAUGUUCCAGCCGUGACAGUUAUUGGAAAUGCUCUUGGGUCCCACUUUCAAUAUUCUGGACAACCCGGACUGGAAAAGACUGAUAUCUUGGGAAGGUAUCAAGCACUCGCGAAGGACCGACGGCCGUAUCUGACGCAAUCUUCGCACACUUCGGAUCACAGACCAAGAUAG